AUGCAAUUAAAGCAUAUCAAAACGUUGUUACCAGCACAAGAAGGUGCAGCAAAAAUAUGCUCAAUGUGCUGGUCAAUGAACAGUAAAAAAUUUGCAGUCUGUACCUAUGAUCGAGUCAUCCUGCUGUUUGAUGAAUUUGGCGAGAUGAAAGACAAGUUCAACACUCGACCGUGCGACCCAAAAUUUGGCAAAAAGAGUUACGUCAUAAAAAGUAUAGCUUUCUCACCAGAUGCCACUAAAAUAGCUGUUGGACAGACGGAUGAUAUCCUGUACGUCUACAAAAUUGGAGAUGAUUGGGGUGAAACGAAGUCAAUAUGCAACAAGUUCAUUCACAAGGGAGCGGUGACUUGUGUGGCCUGGCUGCCCGAAAACCAACUCAUAUAUGGAACAGCUGAGGGCAAGGUGAGACUGGCAAACACACGCUCCAACAAAUCCUCCACAUUAUAUGAUGCCAAGUCAUACGUUCUCUCUAUCGCCGUCAAUCCAUCGGGGAAGGGCAUCUUAUCAGGGCACGCAGACGGCUCCAUCAUUAAGUUCAUGGCCACCGAUGAUGGCGCCGGAGAUUCAUCGGGGAAAGUGUGCAGCCACCCAAGUCCCCCGUAUGCCCUGGCGUGGGGUAGCAAUUCAUUUUUAGUGGGGGGAUGUGACAGGAGGGUGUUUGCGUACACGAAGGAGGGUAGAAUGUUGCAGCAGUUCGACUACAACAAGGACCGAGAUUGCGAUGAGAAGGAGUUCUCGUGUGCUGUUUGCUCGCCGAGUGGUCAGUCGGUGGUCAUCGGCAGCUACGACAGAUUAAGAAUAUACAACUGGAGUCCUCGCAAAGGAUUGUGGGACGAAGGGAUGAGGAAGGAUAUAACGAACCUCUACACCAUCACCUCCAUGGCCUGGAAGAUGGAUGGCUCUCAAGUUUAUGUCGGUUCACUGUGCGGCACAGUUGAAAUUUUCGACUGCUGCCUCAAAAAGUCCAUAUACAAAAACACCAUUGAGAUAUCUCACGUUGGGAUAAGCCAGAUAAUGGUGAAGAAUUUGAUUGGUAGCAAAAGCAGCAUGUCCUUGAAAUCGCGUGACGGAAGUGAGGUCACAGAGGUGAAGGUCAUGGGAGGGGGGAGGUACGUAUUGGCACACACCACUGACACUCUCAUCCUGGCGGAUAUUGAAAGGAAGGCUUCGUGCGAGGUUGUGCCCUGGACGGCAACAGGCGGUCACGAGAAGUAUUCCUUCGAUUAUGAUAAUGUGUGUUUGAUCUUCAAUGCCGGUGAACUGAACAUUGUGGAGUAUGGUCGAGAUGAAGUGCUUGGUUCUGUUAGGACUGAGUUCACCAACAAACAUCUCAUUAGUGUGCGAAUCAACGAACGCAAGAGUAACGACAGCCGACAGAACAAACGACUCGCCUAUCUGAUCGAUCUCAAAACAAUCGCAAUAAUCGAUUUGGUAUCCGGUUCAACUCUGGGAACAGUCAGUCAUGACCUGAAGGUCGGCUGGCUUGAGUUGAAUGAGACAGGGCACAAGCUGUUGUUCAGAGACAAAAAGUUGAAGUUGCAUUUGUAUGAUGUAGGCAGCAAGAGCAAAACAACCAUCCUCAACUACUGCUCCUACGUUCAGUGGGUUCCCGGCAGUGAUGUUGUGGUGGCUCAGAACAGGAACAACUUGUGCGUCUGGUACAACAUCGAGGCGCCUGACAAGGUCACCAACAUCUCCAUCAAGGGAGAUGUGACGGACAUAGAGAGGGUGGAGCACGUGACGAAUGUGCUCGUCAGUGACGGGGGCAGUGCGGUCAAGAGGUACAAGCUGGAUGAGUCACUCAUCGAGUUCAGGACUGCCAUUGAUGAUGACGACCUGGCCAGAGCCAUUUUAUAUUUGGAAUCUUUGGAUAUGACCAGCGAAACGGAAGCUAUGUGGCAGAAGUUAGCCGCCGUAUCCAUGGAGACCAACCAACUCAAUGUUGCUCAGAGAUGUUACGCAGCCCUUGGUGACAUAGCUAGGGUGAGGCACUUGGAUGAAAUAAGCAACAUUUUAAGAGAUGAGGCCGUUAGUUACUGUGGUCAUUCAAUUGAGGGCAUGGAAUACUACAAGGUCAAAGCGGAACUUGCCAUCAUGCAGAAGAACUUCAAACUGGCUGAACACAUAUACCUCGAUCAGAACAUGGUUGAUGAAGCAAUGAGGAUGUAUCAGGAUAUGCACAAGUGGGAAGAUGCUAUCUAUGUGGCUGAGUUGAAGAACCAUCCAGAUAUUGAAAUGCUGAAGAAGAAGUACUACCUCUGGCUGAUGGAGACCAGGCAGGAAAGCAAAGCUGGAGACAUGAAGGAAGCUGAAGGCAACUACGAGACAGCUGUACAGCUCUUCAUCAAAGCCGGUUUGCCAGCGAAAGCUGCAAGAUUAGUCACCAGCCGGAGCGAUCUGCUGAACAAUCCGCAACUGGUCAGCACAGUUCUCAGUGCCCUCAUCAAGUCAGAGAUGCAUGACAGGGCAGGGGACCUCUGUGAGCAGCUAGGUAGGAGCCAGGAAGCUAUUGAGUUGUACAAGAAGGGCGGGUGCUUCAGGAAAGCUGUUGAGUUGACGCGUGAGACGAACCCUCAGAUGGUGGUGAAGUUGGAGGAGGAGUGGGGCAACUAUCUGGUCAGUCAGAAGCAAUAUGAUGCCGCCAUCAAUCACUUCAUCGAGGCGGGGUGUACCAUGAAAGCAGUUGAUGCCGCCAUAAAUUCGCGCCAGUGGGUGAAAGCCUUGGAGAUUCUUGAUGUUGUCGAAGAUAAGCCUGAAGCCAAGAAGUAUUAUCUGAAGAUUGCUCAACACUAUGUUCAGGCUGCUGAGUAUGAGGUCGCAGAGCGUUGUUUCACAUCUGCUGGCUGUAUGAAGGAGGCCAUCGACAUGUACAACAACGCUGGCAAGUGGGAGAUGGCUCACAAGCUGGUGUCGCAAACGAUGGACCAGGACCAAGGGCAUCAGAUGUCAUUAAUGCAGGCCAAGCAACUGGAAGAGAAGGGAAAGUUCAGAGAGGCAGAGAGGUUGUACAUAGCGAUAGAGUGCACAGAUGAUGCGAUCAGCAUGUACAAGCGUCAUAAGAUGUACGACGACAUGAUCAGGAUGGUGAGGCAGCAUCGGCCCAACCACCUCAAAGAUACACAUCUGUAUCUGGCCAAGAUCCUUGAAUCAGAGAAUCGUCUGAAGUUAGCCGAACAUCACUUGAUAGAAGCCAGGGAAAUCGACCUUGCCGUUCAAUUGUACUCAAAAAAUAACCAAUACGAAGAAGCCUAUAGAAUAGCAAAAGGACACGGAGGCGUGGUUACUCAACAGAAGGUGGCUUAUGAUUGGUCCAAAUGGCUAGGAGGGGAUAGUGCUGUCAAACUAUUGGUCAAGUUGAAUAUGUUUGAGGCUGUUAUAGACUACGCUGUUAAAUCCAGUCCGCCAGAUUUUGAGUUGGCAUUUGACCUAGCGAGAGGAUCGAAGACGAGCAAGUCCCAGCAGGACAUGCUGGCCUUUGUCAGCGAGAAGUACGCCGAACAUCUCGAGGAAGCUGGAAGAUUCAAGGAGGCUGAGGCCCAGUUCAUCAAGGCUGGCAUUCCUAAGAGUGCUGUUCUCAUGUACGUCAGUUUGAAAGAUUGGGAUUCAGCGCAAAGGGUUGCCGAGCUGUACGAUCGAUCUUCCCUCAAUGACGUAAUGACCGCCCAAGGUCACGUGGCUUUUGAAAAUAAAGAGUAUCAGAAAGCUGAGUCUUUUUUUCUGAGAGCCCAACGACCCAACAUCAUCAUUCAGUGCUACAAAGAGCAAAACAUGUGGGCGGAUGCUUUAAGAGUAUGCAAGGAGUACUUGCCCGCCAUGUUGGAUGACCUACAAAGCGAAUAUGAAACUAAAGCGAUAGAAACGACGAUACAGAAAGCCCAAGAUUUUGAGACGAAGGGCGAAUAUGCAAGGGCGGUCAAAUGUUACGUGGAAGUGACGUCACAAAAUGAGGAUGACGUAACCAUCGUGGAAAAGUGCUACAGAAAGGCCAGUCAGUUGGCUCUGAAGUUCCUCAGCCAGGAAAACGCAACGAGGGUUGUGGAGGUGGUGGGUCCCAGAUUGGUGGAGAUGAAGAGGUGCAACGCUGCAGCGGAAUUGUACUUGCAAGCAGAUCUGAUAAGAGAGGCAGUGGACGCUUUCAUGACAGGCGAGGAGUGGAACAAAGCUAGGAAGGUGGCCACCGAACUUGAACCCAGAUUGUUGCCACACGUUGAAGAGAGGUAUAAAAAUUAUUUGAAAGACAAAGAUAAGCUGGAUACUUUGGAGAACGUGGACACAGAGGCAGCGAUUGAGAGAUACAUAACGAAAGGUGAUUGGAUGAAAGCCAUCAAUCUAGCUGAGAAGAAGAAUCCAAAAAUGCUGCCGAAAUACGUGGCACAAUACGCAACUGUACUAAUUAAGGAGAACAAAACGAAGAACGCUCUGACCCUGUAUGAAAAGUACGGCACUCCUGCCAUUCCGCAGAACUUCAACAUAUACAAACGCAUCUUCUACGACAUGGUCAACCUGCCAAAAACAAACAACAGCGAAUCAUUCCAGAUGUGGUCUCAACUUAGGAACAUGUUUUACAACCUGAAAAAAAAUUUGGACCAAUCAAAAAAUGCGGAAUCAGAUGAGUUUUACAACAUGUUUCUAGCUGCUCAUUACUACGCCACCAGAUCGGCCUGCAUUAAUCAUGAUUCAUUGGCCCAAUUAACAUGCAAAUUAUCUACGUCACUGCUACGUCACAGUGAUUUGGUUCCCGCCGACAAGGCAUUCUACGAAGCAGGAGUGGCUUCUAAAAAUGUUGGGAACGACAGUGCGGCUCUGGCAUUCUUCAACAGGUUCUUGGACAUGGUGGAGGCCAUCGAGGACCAGUCGUUGGACGCCUUGGACCACUCCAUAUUCAGUGACACGGACAUUCCCAGCGAGAUCCCACUCCCAGAACGUCCCUACGUCUCCUCUGCGGAGCACGAAGAAGUGAGGGAGUGGGUACUUGCCAUAUCGAUGGAUCAGAAGGUGAACAUGGACCUACCACGCGACGAGAACGGUGUCUACGUCGGCAGCCUCAUCAACCACCCUGACGCCCAGGACACCGCGGGCCGACUGCCUGCCUGCGUGCUCACAGGUUUCAGCAUGAACCAUCAUUCCAUAAAAAUGAUAUUUUGA